AUGGCUGAGACGUAUAUAGGCGAAGAGACGAAUCAGGCUCUGCUGAUACCCUUACGUACUCCGCAGCAGCACCAUUCGAUAGCUUCUCAUUUCCAUCUCUAUCCGUUGGUGGAGAAAUUAAACGAUGCGAUUGAAAGUGGAACUCGAGAUCAAAAUUCUGAUGCACUGGUGAGUGAAUUGAAUAGCCAUUUUGAGAAGUGUCAACAGCUCUUGAAUUCGAUUUCAGGAUCAUUAGGAUCUAAAACUAUGACUGUUGAUGGACAAAAGCGAAAUCUAGAAGAAAGUGAACAAUUGCUGCAACAAAGAAGGGAAUUGAUUGUGGAAUAUAGAAGAUCUAUUGAAGAGCUUGUGAAGAUAGAGCCUUAG